GUUGGACUGCAGGAAGAUAUAUAUAAAAUCAACCCUCAACCCUUAAUACCAUCUGUGGCCUCUACGUCUACGGAACUUGAGCUUAAUAUCCCGCGCAUUUCAUAAAACAUGAUGCUACAACGACGUAUGCUUUCGAAGGAGGACGAGGCGACAGCUGGUGGCGAUGAAACUGAGGUCCGGCGUGAAGACCAGGAAAAAAUCAAUCGCUUCAGCAGACUACACCAGCGGGAAACAAUGCUCGAAGAGCAGUUGAAAGCUAAGCAUAAAGACAAAGAAGAUCUUGAGGAAGUGUCCAUGGAACUCGAACUUGCAGAUGAAGACGAAAAGAUACCGUAUAAAAUUGGCGACUCGUUCAUAUCUCUCCCGCUCUCGGAAGCACAAUCACUACUCACAGCUUCUACAGAGCGAAUCGAUGAGGAGGUCAGCAAGCUCGAAGAGAACCUAAGUGAUGUGAGGGAUGAGCUACAACAGCUGAAAGUUGCGCUCUAUGCGAGGUUUGGCAGGAGUAUUAAUCUCGAGACUUAACUUGCGUCGAGGGAGUAAAAAUGACGAAAGGUUCUGGUAGAAUUAGUAGAAUUUAAAAAGUUAAAUUUCACGGGACUUUUCUGAACAUUGUUACUUUUAUCAAAAGAUUAUUAUAACUGCGGCUGUCUUCGCGGCGAAUCUGCUUUUUUCAUCGCUUUGUGUUUCCUCUUUUACCGUUUCUUCUAUAUAAGUACCAGAUAUAAUAACUUCAAUUCAUUUGUGGAAGGACACCAUUGGGCGAGGAAUGAAAUGGAUUGAACAUAUAUAGAUAUGUGGCUAUAUCGCAGGAGCUGUAUUAAAUAUUCAUUUGCCUACUACAGUUGCCGCAGCCGGGCCUCAUCUCCACAAACAAAACAGACAUGGCGAAUCGCUAAGGUAUCUCACAUGUAAAAAAUAUAGGAAAACAAGAAGUGGGUAUUUUGGUUAAAGGCCGUAAGAUAACAUGAACAGUUAAAAGCGUUAAGGAGAAAAAGAAAGGGUAUUU